CCCAUGUGCGCCGCUCAGAGGCCGGAGAGGAGGCGCUUUUAGGCAGCAGCGCAGCUCGCCGUCUUACUUCUUCUGACAGAGCCCACUGCGCGGCGGUCGUCUGUUCCCUCCUGACCUCAUCCCAUCCACCCCGACAGAAAUGCUGCGCUUGCCCACCGUGAUGAGACGGAUGCGCCCGGCGUGCCGAGCGCUGGCGCCCCACCUGACGCGCUGCUACGCCAAGGACGUGAAGUUCGGCGCCGACGCCCGCGCCCUCAUGCUGCAGGGCGUCGACCUGCUGGCUGACGCCGUCGCCGUCACCAUGGGGCCCAAGGGUCGCACGGUCAUCAUCGAGCAGAGCUGGGGGAGCCCCAAGGUCACCAAGGACGGGGUGACGGUGGCCAAAAGCAUCGACCUGAAGGACAAGUACAAGAACAUCGGCGCCAAGCUGGUGCAGGACGUUGCCAACAACACCAACGAGGAGGCCGGCGACGGCACCACCACCGCCACCGUGCUGGCCCGCGCCAUCGCCAAGGAGGGCUUCGACACCAUCAGCAAAGGCGCCAACCCCGUGGAGAUCCGGCGCGGGGUCAUGCUGGCCGUGGACACGGUCAUCACCGAGCUCAAGAAGCUCUCCAAGCCCGUCACCACGCCCGAGGAGAUCGCCCAGGUGGCCACCAUCUCUGCCAACGGGGACAGCGAGAUCGGCAACAUCAUCUCCGACGCCAUGAAGAAAGUGGGGCGCAAGGGGGUCAUCACCGUCAAGGAUGGUAAGACUCUGCACGACGAGCUGGAGAUCAUUGAGGGUCUGAAGUUCGACCGUGGGUACAUCUCCCCGUACUUCAUCAACACUGCCAAAGGUCAGAAGUGCGAGUUCCAGGAUGCCUAUCUCCUCCUCAGUGAGAAGAAGAUCUCCAGUGUCCAGUCCAUCGUCCCGGCUCUCGAGAUCGCCAACCAGCACCGCAAGCCCCUGGUCAUCGUGGCCGAGGAUGUGGACGGGGAGGCUCUCAGCACGCUGGUGCUCAACAGGCUCAAGGUGGGGCUGCAGGUGGUGGCAGUGAAGGCUCCUGGGUUCGGAGACAACAGGAAGAACCAGCUGCAGGACAUGGCCAUCGCCACCGGGGGCACUGUGUUCGGGGACGAAGCCCUGGGGCUGGCGCUGGAGGACAUCCAGGCGCACGACUUCGGCAAGGUGGGGGAGGUGUUGGUGACGAAGGAUGACACGAUGCUGCUGAAGGGGAAGGGCGACAAGGCCGCCAUCGAGAAGCGCGUGCAGGAGAUCGUGGAGCAGCUGGAGGUCACCAGCAGCGACUACGAGAAGGAGAAGCUGAACGAGAGGCUGGCCAAGCUGUCCGACGGGGUGGCUGUGCUCAAGGUUGGGGGCACGAGCGACGUGGAGGUGAACGAGAAGAAGGACCGGGUGACGGAUGCCCUGAACGCCACAAGGGCGGCGGUGGAGGAGGGCAUCGUGCCCGGGGGCGGCUGUGCCCUGCUGCGCUGCAUCCCUGCCCUGGACGGCAUCAAGCCAGUCAACGCGGACCAGAAGAUCGGAAUCGACAUCGUGCGGCGGGCUCUGCGCAUCCCGGCGAUGACCAUCGCGAAGAACGCGGGGGUGGAGGGCUCGAUGGUGGUGGAGAAGAUCCUGCAGAGCGGGGCGGAGAUCGGCUACGACGCCAUGCUGGGGGAGUACGUCAACAUGGUGGAGAAGGGCAUCAUCGACCCCACGAAGGUGGUCCGGACGGCCCUGCUGGACGCGGCCGGGGUGGCGUCUCUGCUGUCCACAGCGGAAGCGGUCGUCACGGAGGUGCCCAAGGAGGAGAAGGAGCCCGCGAUGGGCGGGGGCAUGGGUGGCAUGGGCGGCAUGGGCGGGGGCAUGUUUUAAACUGGGAACGGCCCCCUUCCUGCUUUCUGAUGGACUGACUGGACUGGGGGGGACAGUGGCCAGGGGUCGCUAGGGAGUCUGUAUUCUCAUACCCUGUCGCUCCCUGGCCCUUCUCCCUGUCGGACGUGGUGGCCGAGAGUUUGCUGGGGAACUGUGACCCCCUCCACCCACAUGCGCACCUCUGCUUUCCCACUGCUGCCCCCUGCUGGGACGAGGGGGGCUGUCGUGAGCCAGGACUGCUUCGGAAGAUUGCCCCCCGUCCCCCCAGGUCAGGUGGUCUCUUCUCCCUCCCAGGGCUUUGCCAGUGCUGACCCAGUACAGCUCCCUGCUCCUGAUCAUGUUGAAUGGCCUCUGGUUGAGACUGUAGUUUCAGGCUGAUCCUCUGUGCCCAGUAAUGGCUUGUCCUCCAUUGCCCAUGCUGGUUCAUCCUCUUCUGUAACUUUUUUUUUUAUAUUUGUCUGUUUAUGAAAAAAAAAUACUUGUUUUGUGCACUACUGUCCCAAUUUUUCUUUGGUACUUAAAAUUCACAAGUUGUCAUUAAAUCUCUGCUGUUUACGCGCA